CUGUUAGUGGGAUUAUGUAUCUGUAUAACUCCGAAAAAAACUUAUUACUCCCGUUAUAUUUUUUAUGCAAAAAAUGAUUAGUAUUUCGGAUUACAUUUGUAUUGUGAAAACUUUCGGCUGUAAACAAAGAGAACAAAAAUAACAUUGAAUUAUGUUAUCACGGCUAAAAUCUUAAGUUAACCUGGGUUUAAAAUAUAUAAAUUUAAAUUUCCCGCUAACAGUGGAAGCAUUUACCUCAAGGUGAAAAUUGAGAAAAGUCUAGACAGAUAUUGAUUUGUUUAAAAUUGUAUGUCAUGUAAAUCUUUCCAAUAGAAAACUACUUUAAAGCGUAGUUUAUGGUUACAAAUGAACCUUCGUGACCUUUGACCUUAUACUGUAAAGUUGGCAAUCUGAUCGAUGUUAUUUCCCCGUUUGACAAUUUUGACGUAUUAGAUUUGACAUUUGUGAUUCCGAUUUGCUUAGAAUUUUUCUCAUUGGAUUUUGCUUGGUUGAUUGUUGUGCAAAAUUGUAUUCGAAAUAAGGGGGCGGAUGGCUGUUAUUAUCACGUAAGUGACUGAGGGUCUCUUAUAAUCAUGGCUAUGUCAAAAGGUUUUAAAGUUCUGGAGAAAUCGGCUCCGCCGAACCCAUACAGUAUAAUACUGCAACAUAGAAAUAAAGACUGUGCACUUCUCUUCGAGUCUCAAGCUGUAGUAUCUCUGUCGUCUCAAGAAACAGAUACUCUGAGAAAACAAUACCAUAAAAUAGCGGACGCCUACGGUGUUCUUGGGGUACUGCAGUUAAAUUCUGGCGAGAGUUGUAUGUUGUACCUGGUCCUCGUCACGGGCUGCUGCUCCGUCGGCAAGAUAGGAGACGUCGAAGUUUUCAAAAUUACCCAGACGCAGUUUUUACCCUUGUUCUAUCAUACACAAGGGGAAGACAAAGUGUCUGAAGUGAGGAAAUUAAUAAACUCUGGGACCUUCUACUUUUCAUGGAAUUCAGGAAAGUCAACCAAUCUGUUUGAUCUCACUUUGUGCGCUCAAAGAAAAAGUAAAGGAGCAAGUCCAGACAACAGAUUUUUCUGGAACAGGACUUUGUUUAUACAUUUAAUAAGAUAUGGAAUUGAUUGUGAAGAGUGGUUAACCCGAGCUAUGUGUGGAUCUGUGGAAAUAAGGACUAUUUAUGUUGGACAUAGACAAGCAAGAGCAGUACUAGUGUCUCGACUCAGCUGUGAGCGUGCUGGCACUAGAUUUAAUGUUCGAGGCUGUAAUGAUGAUGGUAAUGUGGCUAAUUUUGUUGAAACAGAGCAGGCUAUAUACAUUGAUGAUUCAGUAGCCUCUUACAUACAGACAAGAGGCUCAGUCCCACUGUUUUGGGAGCAACCUGGUAUACAGGUAGGGUCACACAAAGUGAAGAUGUCUAGAGGAUAUGAUGCAUCUACCAGUGCAUGUGAUAGACAUUUCUCUCAGCUAAAACGUAACUACGGAUCAUUGAUUGUAGUUAACUUGUUGGGAUCCAGUUUGAUUGGAGGCAGUGAAGGUGAAGCCACUCUCAGUAAUGCAUUUCAAAAACAUUUAAAUGACUCUGCACAUAAUGAUGUAGUUCAAAUAAUUUUUGACUAUCAUCAAGAAGUUAGAGCCUCUUCUAUAGAAAAUGCAUUAGCAAAGUUCAGGAAAAUUAUUGAAAAACAUUAUGAUGAAAUAAGCAUUUUUAGUGCCAAAGGGUCAGAUAUAUAUAACAUCCAAAAAGGAGCCAUAAGAACAAAUUGUUUAGAUUGUUUGGACAGAACCAAUUCUAUACAAACAUUCAUAGGUUUGGAAAUGUUGGCAAUUCAGUUGAUGCUAUUGCAAUGUAUUGACAAAAAACAAAAUGUCAGCAGAUUUGAAGAAGUAUUUAAACAAAUGUGGGUCAAUAAUGGCAAUGAAAUUUCUAAAAUAUAUGCUGGCACUGGUGCCAUACAAGGGGGCUCUAAACUAAUUGAUGGUGCAAGGUCUGCUGCUCGAACAAUUCAAAAUAAUUUACUAGAUAAUUCCAAACAAGAGGCAAUUGAUAUAUUACUCUUAGGCUCUACUUUGAACUCUGAACUUGCUGAUCGCUCGCGUAUUUUGCUACCGUCUAACUUAUUGCAUACUUCCACACCAGUUCUUAGGGAAAUGUGCCGCAGAUCAAGUGAAUUCACACAACCAACUACUAUUAGAAUCACUAUUGGCACAUACAAUGUAAAUGGAGGAAAACAUUUUAGAAGUCUUGCCUAUAAAGAUGUUUCAUUAGCAGACUGGUUACUGGAUUGUCCUAACUCAGCCCUAGUCAACACAGUUAAUUUAAAAGAACACCCAUCUGAUAUAUUUGCAAUUGGCUUUGAAGAAAUUGUGGACUUAAAUGCUAGCAAUAUCAUGGCAGCCAGCACUGACAAUGCAAAAGCUUGGAGUGAAGAGUUGGAAAAGGUGUUAUGCAGAGAUGCUCCCUACACAUUGCUCUCGAGUCAUCAACUUGUUGGGGUUUGCCUUUUCAUAUUUGUCAGGAAAGACCUAAUACCUCACAUAAGAGAUGUUGCUCUUGAUUCCGUCAAAACUGGUCUAGGGGGAACCACGGGAAACAAAGGAUCAGUUGGCAUUCGAAUGGUUCUCUAUGGAACAUCUCUGUGUUUUGUAUGUGCUCAUUUUGCUGCAGGCCAAUCUCAGGUUACAGAGCGUAAUGCCGAUUAUACUGAAAUAACUAGAAAAACCGCCUUCCCAAUGGGCCGCUCUCUAUACUCUCACGAUUAUGUAUUCUGGUGUGGAGACUUUAACUACCGCGUCGAUCUCGAUAAAGAUGAAAUACGUCUAUUGGUGUCACAAAAUAAUUUACAACGAAUCUUAGACCAUGAUCAAUUGAUACAGCAGAAAGAACAAGGUUUGGUGUUCAAAAAUUGUUUUGAGGGUGAAAUAACAUUCCCCCCCACAUAUAAGUAUGAUUUAUUCAGUGAUGAUUACGAUACGAGUGAGAAAUGUAGAGCCCCUGCCUGGACCGACCGCGUGUUGUGGAGAAGCAGAAAAUAUACAAUUGAUCCAGAUAGCACGUCAGAACUAGCAGCAGGCAAAUUGUUACAUUAUGGUCGCGCAGAACUGAAACAAAGCGAUCAUCGCCCAGUCAUCGCAAUUCUAGAAAUCGAAGUACUGCAGGUUAGUUAUACAAAAUGCAUGGAAGUGUUUUACGAAGUAGUGAAGGACCUUGGACCCCCUGAUGCUAGCAUAAUUGUCCAACCUUUUGAAGAAUACCACAGUGAAGACUCAGCGUUUGACGAUAACGUUGUAGCAGCUGUGCUGCAGGAAUUAUCUACCAUUGGUGAAGUAACGUUAGUUCGGUUCAUUGACGAUUCUUCUCUCAGUAUUACUUUUCGAGAAGGACAAAAUGCCCUAGCAGCGGCACAGAAAGGGCAAAUAUCUGCUUGUUCAAUCCCUCUUCAAAUCACUUUAAAAACUCCUAAUUGGAUUGACAUUGUCCGAUCUGAAAUAGGUUUGUGUUCAAACAAUACUGUUCCUCUGUCUGGAGAAGCUCAACCGGAACGUCCGCUCAGAUCAGCUCCUCCAACGCCUCGCAGACAGCAACCUAGCAGACCUCCAGCACCUUCGCCGACUCCCCUGGUACCAUCCAGAGCGCCUGCAAUAAGCCCGGCUCGGCCGCCGCCCCCGCGCCCCGCUCCGCUCCCGCCCGACGCAGGCAAGUCGGUGGCCCAGCCGCCCGUAGCGUCCCCGCCCGCGGACAGCGUGCCGCCCCCCACGUGUGCGCCGCCGCCGCCCCCGGAGAGCAGCACGCCGCCUCCCGCCGGCCCUCCGCCUCCGGUCCCUGCCAGACAGGGUGCACCACCACCGUUGCCAGCGAGACCUCGACCAGUGUAGUAAGCUAGGUGCAUAACAUAUUGUUGGAAUAAUGUGUAGUUAUGUUACCCUUAAUUUAUUUUUUUCUACUUAUUUUCAUUACUUAUAGAUCCAGUCUCAUAGAUCAGUAAUAUUUAUGAACGAAUUACUACUAAUUUUAUUGUUAUUGUACAUGUUCAACUUUACUUUGUGAUACAAAAGCUGUUAACAAAUUAAACAUAACUGAAAAUUGCAUUACAUAGGCCCAAGGCGCCUCAUCCAUUCCAGAGCAUUGCUUCGUAAUGCUUUUUAAUUUUAGAAGAAUUUAAAUAUCUAUGUCUCGCUAACUUUUAAACAUAGCUUGGAGUUAAAUUCCGCUUUGUCUAUGCACGAUUAAAGACUGUGCGUUAUCUAAUAAGUAUUAUCUGUACAAAAUCUUCGUUGCUCUCCUUGCCCAUAAGUACCUUAUUUACAGAGUAGAACGGCAUGGCAAACAAAUAAAAAUAAUAUUAGAACUAUUAUUUACAAAAUGACUUCUUUUUUUGUAUUGAUUUUAUACUGAUGAGUUCAAGUAACUACACAAAUAUUCUACUUACAUUUAUUGCGUUGAAUAUUCCAGUGUUUGUAAGGUGUGAUGUUACUUUUUUCUCAUAGGCAUAUCUAUAAAAAUUAAAUCGAUAUUGGUGUUAUACGAGAUUAUGUCUAAAUAUAUACAUAUAUACAUACAAUAUAAAUUCACUAUGCAUGUUGUUAUACAUAAAUGUUAUGUUUAUUGAAUAGCUACGGCUAUCUAUAGAUUUACUUACUAUCAGUCAAUGAAGAUAACGAUACGAAAAAUACGACUAUUUUCAAAGAGUUGGAGUGAUUCCAAUAUCAGAAUACAAUGACCCAGUUAAGUUCUUGUCUGUUAAUGAUACAUUUAUUCAGCAACGGCAUUGCAGCUACUGUUGUUAUUAAGUAUAAUAAAUAACGCUUCAUUUAUUUGUCAUCUUGAUCUCACCUACGGUUUAAUUGCAUCGGUCUAAGACCUACGUUACAUGAGCGCCUAUCCUCGAUAAUUAUUACUAUAAAAUUACUUUGUAUAAAUAUCUGAGCGGAGUAGAAUUGAAAAAAAAACUUAACAAACAUAACUCUUCUUUGCCUGCAACUAUGCAGCGCAUGCCUUCUUCUAACGAUCGAUUUUAAAUGCCGACCCGAUGUUGUUCAUAAAAACCCGUGUGAUUUAAACUGUUCCCUAUUUUCUAUAAAUUUUGGAAUCACAGAUUUUUAUUUGAAAGGUAAAGUUGUAUAGUGUUAGUGGCUCACUUAUAUCAGGUCUUUUAAAAACGAUAAUUUUUCAACUGUGCAGUUUUACCAAAAAUUUUCUUUGUGGAAAAUUAAAUUGUUGAAAAUCUUCAUAACUUCUGGAGACAUUAGGUCCUAGGCUUACUUACUAUUACAGAAACGAUACUCCGCAUCACGUCUAGAUACCUAUACCUAUGUAUAUCUGUUCAUUUUUGCAUAGGAUUUACUUGCCUCGUUCUGAAUGGUCUGCUUAGCCAGUAUAGAUUUACUUACGUAAUUCAUUCGAGUGUUCUCUUUAUAAUGACAUUGUAUAUGUCGUCUUAUGGUUCUAACUUUAUUACCUACACGUUUGUAUAAAUUGUAGCCUUGUAGGCGUCUUGUUCGUAUUUAAAAGUGUUAUAGAUGUGGUACUCUCUUAGGUCUUAGUGACAGCUUUACUUAGUUCGAUUGAUCAAUAAUAUUCAAUCCUGAUUACACUGAAGUAGGUAUUGGCGAGUGUAAUUGGUCGUGUUAAUCGCAUAGCCAUUGAGUAUUUAGACAUUAAACAGUCGCGCAUCGAAUUGUAAUCUUAAAGUCGCGAGUCCACGAUCUUAUAUAAACUAGAUACUUAGUUUAUACGCAAGUACAUAUUAAUAUUUCAUGGAAAGUACAUUGCAACAGUUUCUGUUAAUUUCCUUUGGUAAAACCAAAUCUAGAAUACUUUACAGCUCUAUUAUUUACAUAACGAUGUGUAUAUUUAGCGCAUAGUUAAUCCAAUGUGUCAAUUUUGACGAUCAGAUUAACCUUGCAGCUAAAGCUAGUUUAUGAGAAAGUUAAGUUCAAUGCAAAUGAAACUGUUUACAUGUUGUUCUAAUUCACAUAGGUAUAUUCUGUAUAUGUUUAUUUUAUUGAGAAAAUAGUUUAUUUACACGAAAUGCUUUAGUCAUUUUUACAAGCUUUUAUAAAACUUGCAAUAUUUUUAAUUAUUAAUGUACUUACAUAAAUAGUUACUAUGAAAUUAUUAUCAUUUUCUUUGUUUCGAUAGAUUUUAUCCACGAAUUAAGGUAUAAAAGUGCUGAAUAUUUUUUAAAAAUAUUUUUGUGUAGCUAUUAGUUGAUAUUUACAGUAUCUCGUUAAGAAAUUUAAUAUCAAUAACUUGUUUUAUUUUGAGUAUUAUGUAAUAUUUGGAAAUGAAAGGAAUUUAUCUGUUUUUGUCCUUAAUCCUUAAAGGCUGUGUUGCGCAUUUGUGUCACGGGAUAGAAUGCUGAAAUCUCAAUAGGUCUGUCCUACGAUCUCAUUUAUUGGCCAGACUAUGAAAUUGUUUUUUCUUAGUGCGCUAAGAACCGAAAGCUUUGAAAUAAUUUUGCCGACGCUACCUGGACUUGUUCUUACGUUGUAACAUUUCAUGAUUUCAUGCUCUGGUAAAUAACGGAGAUCGGACGUCAAGCGAUAGGUACUAUAUUUAUUAUUUUAUGUAUCUGAUUUGAUGGUUAAAAGUUCCAAAAAUAUUUUUUAACCCUU